AUGUCGUCCCCCCAGCAGCGGUUAUCUUCGGUCGCCGGCCAAUUGGCACCUGCCUCGGCAAAGCAGCGCAUUCUCGCAAAGAACCCUGAUGAUGUCGUCAUCACCUACCUCGCGCGCACACCGCUCACCAAGGCCCGCAAAGGUGGAUUGAAGGAUACCACCAUCGACAACCUCCUGGUCUCGCUUCUUACCACCGUUCGCGAGAACUCCAAGAUCGACCCCAACCUAGUCGAGGAUGUCAGCGUCGGUAACUGCCUCGCACCAGGCGCCGCCUACAUCGCCCGCUCCGCCGUCCUAGCUGCCGGAUUCCCCGUGACAACAGCCGCCUCAGUCUCGAACCGAUUCUGCUCAUCAGGCCUGCUGGCGAUCCAGAACAUCGCUAACCAGAUUAUCGCCGGCUCAAUCGAUGUCGGUAUUGCUGUUGGAGCUGAGAGCAUGAGCACCAACCCCGACGGCGGCGCCCCCGAGAUGGCUGAGCGUAUCACCUCGCACCCGAUCGCAUCCCAGAACUCCCAGCCUAUGGGCCAGACAUCCGAGAACGUUGCCACUCAAUUCAACAUCUCGCGCGAGCAGCACGACAGGUUCGCCGCGGCUAGCUACCAGAAGGCCGAGCGCGCACAGAAGGCUGGAUGGUUCGAUGACGAGAUCGUUCCUGUUAAGACCCAGAUCAAGGAUCCCAAGACGGGCGAGGGUAAGGAUAUUAUUGUCGACCGCGAUGAUGGUAUCCGCUACGGUACCACUGCUGAGAGUCUGGGUAAGAUCCGUGCUGCGUUCCCGCAGUGGGCGCCCAGUGCCACUACUGGUGGAAAUGCUAGUCAGAUUACCGAUGGUGCUGCUGCUUUGGUUUUGAUGAAGCGGUCGCGGGCUCUGGAGCUUGGUCAGCCUAUUGUUGCCAAGUUCUGUGGUGCUACUGUUACUGGACUCGAGCCUAGGAUCAUGGGUAUUGGGCCAUCACUUGCUAUCCCUAAGAUUCUGGGCAAGUUCAACUUGUCCAAGGAUGAUGUUGAUAUCUUUGAGAUCAAUGAGGCAUUUGCUUCCAUGGGUGUCUACUGUGUUGACAAGUUGGGCCUCGAUGAGGCUAAGGUCAACCCCCGUGGUGGUGCUAUUGCCUUUGGUCACCCUCUGGGCGCAACCGGUGCACGCCAGGUUGUUACAGCGCUAUCCGAGCUGCGUCGCCAGGACAAACGCGUCGCUGUGACUUCCAUGUGUGUGGGAACUGGCAUGGGUAUGGCCGGUAUCUUUGUUUCCGAGCAUUAG